GGGCUGCGUGGUUGCAUCACGCAGUGUACGUCGCCGCGCGUGCGCUCCUUUCCACGUGCGAAAGCCCCAGACGCGUGGACCCGGGGAAGCCGCAGAUUACUGAGCCGUGCAGCUCCACGCUCGCUAUGAAGCCAGGUUUCAGCCCCCGUGGGGGCGGCUUCAGUGGCCGAGGUGGCUUUGGUGACCGUGGCGGUCGCGGCGGAGGCCGUGGAGGCUUUGGCGGAGGCCGCGGAGGCUUUGGCGGAGGCCGUGGAGGCUUUGGCGAGGGCCGAGGCCGAGGCGGAGGCUUUAGGGGCCGUGGGCGAGGAGGGGGAGGAAGAGGUGGCGGGUUCCAGUCUGGUGGCAGCCGGGGUCGUGGUCGGGGAGGAAGAAAAGGAAACCAGUCGGGGAAGAAUGUGAUGGUCGAGCCUCAUCGGCAUGAGGGUGUCUUCAUUUGUCGGGGAAAGGAAGAUGCACUGGUCACCAAGAAUCUGGUCCCUGGAGAAUCGGUUUAUGGAGAGAAGAGAGUCUCGAUUUCGGAGGGAGAUGACAAAAUCGAGUACCGCGCCUGGAACCCCUUCCGUUCCAAGCUGGCGGCAGCAAUCCUGGGCGGCGUGGACCAGAUCCACAUCAAGCCAGGGGCCAAGGUGCUCUACCUGGGGGCUGCCUCGGGCACCACCGUCUCUCACGUCUCUGAUAUCGUAGGCCCGGACGGUCUGGUCUAUGCAGUUGAAUUCUCCCACCGUUCUGGCCGUGACCUCAUUAACUUGGCCAAGAAGAGGACCAACAUUAUUCCUGUCAUUGAAGAUGCUCGGCACCCGCACAAAUACCGCAUGCUCAUCGCAAUGGUGGAUGUGAUCUUUGCUGACGUGGCCCAGCCAGACCAGACGCGGAUUGUAGCCCUGAAUGCCCACACCUUCCUGCGUAAUGGAGGACACUUUGUGAUUUCCAUUAAGGCCAACUGCAUUGACUCCACAGCCUCUGCAGAGGCCGUGUUUGCCUCUGAAGUGAAAAAGAUGCAGCAGGAGAACAUGAAGCCCCAGGAGCAGUUGACGCUAGAGCCAUACGAAAGAGACCACGCUGUGGUCGUGGGUGUGUACAGGCCACCCCCCAAAGUGAAGAACUGAAGCCCAGCGCCAUCAGGAUCGCGAGAGACUGUGCUGCUACUGUUAACUGUGUGUUUUUCUAUUAAAAGACUCAUCAGUCUC